AUGCAAUACUCCGCCGUCGCCCUCCUUGCUCUCGCAGCAUCCGCCUCCGCUGUCAAGAACGGCACCGUUGCCUACACCACCGAGGUCCACACCGCAUACACCACCGUCUGCCCUGCCUCCACCGAGUUGACCUUCAACGGCGUCACCUACACUGCCACUGCCAGCACCACCUUGACCAUCACCAACUGCCCUUGCACCGUCGUCAAGCCAGUGUCCACCUCCGCUGCUGUGUACUGUGCCACCUAUGCCCCAUCCAGCGCUGUCGUUGUCCCAGCCGUCUACACCAACGCCACCACCCCAGUUGUCCCAGCUAAGACCACUGCUGGUGGAUCCGUCGGUACUACCUCGGCCAAGGCCUCCGGCACUGCCACCCCAUCCACCAUCACUGCUUCAGGCGCCAACAAGGCCAUGGCCUUCUCCGGUGCCAGCCUUGCUGGUCUCCUCGGUCUUGCUGCUUACAUCUUGUAA